AUCAAUCAUAAGGACGAGUCUUUAUUAUCAACAGUUAAACUUAACCGUCCAUUCAAAUUCAAGGUGACGUGUCUUCCCAAGGUAACUUUACUCCUCUCCAACGUCUUUUAACUAGCGGUUAAAGAGGUAAAACAGAGCAGAGGGAGCGGGUGAAAAAAGGGAAAUAUCUAGAGGAAGAAGAAGACAAGAGGAAGAGAGAGAGAGAGAGAGAGAGAGAGCGUGACAGAAAAGCAUUUCCCUUCUUUCUUUGGUUCGAGUACAAAUGGCGCCGCGGAAGAGUAACGGAGAAGGGAAGGCGAAACCUACGACUGUGACUACGCCGACAAGGCAGACUCGAAGCAUGGAUCGGAAGACUCGGAGCCAAACUCAGCGAAACUCGUCUGGUGGUUCAUCUUCCUCCUCCUCCAAGCUCAUGACCUUCGAAUCUCCCGAGAAGAAGAAGAAAAUAAUCUCGAAAGCCAAGGAAGCUGGACCGACGACUAAGAAGAUCAAGCAAGAAAAGGAGGAGGACGAGGAGCCAGCUGCCGAAGUGGCCAAGAGGCCGGAGGAAGAAGAAGGAGAUGACCCUAAGCACAAGAAGAUUGUAAUCGAGCACUGCGAAACUGGUGGUGGAAGUUUGAGAAAAGUGAGUGAGGAUAGGAUCAGUGAGUUGCCUGAAGCUUUGCUCCUGCAUAUAUUGUCUUCGGUUCCAACAAAAGAUGUCAUAGCCACUAGUGUUUUGUCUAAACGGUGGAGAUCUCUUUGGAAGAUGGUGCCAAAGCUCAGGUUUAAAUCUGAUGUUGACCAUGUAUCUUCAGAGGAUGUUUACAGGUUGCUGAUUUUGCAUAAAGCUCCAUUCCUGGAAAGUUUGCACUUGGAAAUUGACGAUACAAGUGCUCGUUUGGAUAUUGGAAUCUUGAUUGGAAUUGCAUUUUCACACCACGUGCGUGAACUGGAGUUGGAUUUCUACCAUAAGGAUCAAAAGAAAGUCAGGUUUCCAAGUGUAUUGUGUAGCUAUAACAAUACACUGGAGGUACUGAAGCUUGAGUUCAACGUUCUUUUAGACUUUCCUUCUCGGGUUUGUUUCAAUGCCCUUAGAGAGCUGCAUCUUUACCAAGUGGAAUUCAAAGAUGAAGCUUCUGUUUGCAAUCUUUUAUCUGGCUGCCCUAGGCUUCAAGAUUUGGUUGUUAUACGAUAUAUUGGUAAUUUCGAUGCUGAGACUUACACCAUUGCGGUGCCAUCGUUACAGAGGCUGACCAUAGUAGAGGAUAGGAGCACAUAUGUAGAUGGUGGAGGCUAUUUGAUAAAUGCACCGUCUUUGAAAUACUUGAACAUCCAAUCCCUCAGUUAUAUUGACUUCUGUCUGAUGGAGAACCCGCCAGAAGAGCUGGUGGAAGCAAAGAUCGGUCGCAUUCCUCAUAUAGCCAAUGAGAACAUUAUUGCAUCUCUAACUACAGCCAAGCGUCUUUCCUUAUACUUACCCUUAGAGAUUAAGUUUCCUACCGGCAGCAUCUUCUAUCAACUGGUGUUUUUGGACCUAGACAUUAAUAAAAUAGUUGAGUGGAAUCUACUUUCGUUAAUGCUCGAUGGCUCUCCUAAAUUGCAAUCCCUCAAACUCCACAGCCCAUAUCGUGAAGAUUUUCCGGUGGGGUGGGAAUGGAAUCAGCCGAAAUGUGUACCGGAAUGUCUGUUGCUCCAUCUGGAGACGCUGGUGUGGACAAAUUACAAAUGCCAACGAGAAGAAGAGAAACAAGUGGCCACAUACAUCCUCAAGAAUGCUAGACAGUUGAAGAAAGCAACUUUCUCUCCGAUGUACAUCAAUCCGAAAAGGCUGGAACAGUUGGAAAAGAGGCGAGAGAUGCUCAACGAGUGGGCUAGUGUGAUCAGAGCGUCGACCUCAUGUCACCUUGUGUUCGAGUCCAGAUGAUCUCUAGAAUGUUCACUGAUGUUUUGGCAAAUGGGAAACUCUCAACUUGUUGAAUCUUUUCAAGAAGUCCAAGUGGAUCCUUGAGUGGUAAGAGUCCGAUGCGUUUUGAUGAUUAUUUAGACGUUUUUGGGUUGUUGGUAAAUGACUGUUGUGACAUCUAUUUAAGCUUUUGGUAAUUUGGGAGUUGUUUACGUCUUUUUAAAUUUUAAACGGUUAAUUUAUUGGAGUCGGCUCUUGCGAUCACAUGAUUUUUUCCAUAGAAAAUACAGUGAGGCAGCUUCGUUUGUCUCUUUAAGAGAGUUGCGGUAUUAAGUCUGAGUUGUCAAGAUCACAAUUGGCUCAUCAGUUCUCAAGGUACAACAAGGCUUGGAGGCAUUUGGCUGCGUUCGUUGGAAAUCACAAAGGAAAACAAUUGCAGAAAACUCCAUGCAUAAUGAAGAUUGAUAGAAGUUUAUGUGUUGCUUCAAUCUCAGUGGUAUGGUACAGAAACUAAAGUUACUAAACACUUGAAUGGCAUGAACGUUGGGUAAAACUCAAAACGGGUUAUGGACCUAUGGUCGUCUCUUAGAGAAGAUGGUCUUGACUCAAAAAUUGGUUGAAGUUCUA